AGUGAGUGGCGCGAGCGACACUUCUCCCGCCUCCUUGUCGUGCUCGCUCCCCGCCCACUCCACUUGAAGCCUGAGUGGAGGCGCGGGCCAUCCACAGAAGCGGAGCGGCGGGAAACGCAGAGCAGAAGGUGCCAAACAACCCAGCGGCCGCCAUGUGUUACAUCCAGUAUGUAACUGCCCAGCAGUUAGCCGGCUUCCGCCAAUACAAGUACAGUGCUGUGGAUUCAAACCCUUUAUCUGUAUAUAUCAUGCAGCCAUUAUGGAACAGAAUUAUAAAGAUAGUACCCUUGUGGAUUGCUCCCAAUCUUUUAACCCUCACAGGAUUUCUGAUGAUUUUGAUUCAUUACUUUAUAUUAUCUAUUUAUGACUGGGACUACACGGCAUCAGGAUCCAGUCCUGGGUUGAUUCCAACGUGGGUCUGGAGUUUUGGUGCUUUUGCCAGCUUUUUGGCUUACACUUUAGAUUCUUUAGAUGGAAAGCAUGCUCGAAGAACUCAGUCCAGUAGCCCUUUGGGAGAGCUGUUUGACCAUGGACUAGAUAGCUGGGCUACCUCAAUUUUCCCCCUUUCUUUUUUUUCCAUCUGUUCCCGUGAUAAUGGAAAAGUUGGAAUUUCCGUGUCCAUCAUGUAUUUAUCAUUGAUUGUUAUAUCACUAAAUUUUAUGUUUUCACACUGGGAAAAAUAUAACACAGGAGUUCUGUUUCUUCCUUGGGGAUAUGAUAUAAGCCAAGUGGUUACAGUGGGCAUGUAUUUGCUGACUGCAGUUUUUGGAGUAGAAGUUUGGCACAGGCCUCUCAUAUUUGGUUAUUACCUCACAGAUAUAUUAAUAAUACUUCUUAUAGUCUGCUGCGUAUUUAUUUCCCUUCCACAGACGUUCUACAAUAUUUAUCUAGCAUAUAGAAAGAAAACACUGCUGAAGGAUUCUUUGUAUGAAGGACUGCUACCACUGUUGUCUCCUAUGUUGCUCUUUAUGCUCCUUACCAUCUGGGUGUUUUUAUCACCAUGUGAAAUACUGGUAAAACAAACCAGGCUGUUCCUAUGGAUGGCUGGAGUUGUGUUCUCAAAUGUCAUUUGCAGGAUGAUAAUUUGCCAGAUGACUAACACGAAGUCCGAAGUGCUUCAUUGGCUUUUGAUUCCAUUGGCUGUCAUGGUCUAUACAGCAACUGCUGGAUUUCAAGGCGAAUUGGAAGAACCAAUACUUGCAGCAUUUACUAUCUUUGUCACAGCUGUUCAUGUCCACUAUGGAGUUUGUGUGGGGAAACAGCUGAGUCAACAUUUCAAUAUCUACAUCUUUUCCUUGAAGAAGUACACCAAAUAAAUUGGGAAUCUAUUGCAUCAAUGCCAGAAGGUGUUAUAUUUUUAUAUGACAGAAACACAGAAAUGGAGUAGAAGCUUCUGACUUAAAAUGAACUGACUGGUACUUGAAGUGAAGCGGUGCUGAAAAGUGAAGUUCUCACUCUCUUCCCCUUUGAACAGAUUUAUUCAAAAAUUUACUAGUUUCUUAUCAUACCUAUUUCUGUUGGAAUCAGUCUUCCUGAGACAUCUCACUUUUCUAUCUCUUCUUUCUUCCAGAGUGACUUUGCUGAUCUAAUCCUUUAUACAUUAUAGACAUACUUACAACUACUGUUAUUUAAUAAUGAACUCUUCUACUAAGGACCAAAUGAAUGAAUAUAAUGGGGUUAUAAUAACAGGUUUCCAUAAUUCAUAAUGCUUUACAAUGAGGUGAGCUUUCUGCUCUGAAAUUAACUCUUUACAAUUUAAAAUAUGGUACAUUUUGCGCUUCUAAGCCAUAUACACCUGUGUAAUUGGCUUUCAUCAGAUUAGAUGGCACAUGCUCAGAUGUUGAUGGCUUUAAUCCCUUACUUGGCCUCUAUUAAACUGAUGAUUACUGAAGUUGAUUUGAAUGUUUUGUACAUUAGAAAGUAAUUUACAGAAUACUGCAGUCCACCAAUCAAAUAAUCAAGAUGUGAAAAGUCACACAAAUCAACAAGGCAGGACAUGACAGCGCAUAAAUACAGUGUUUAUAAAAAGUAAUUGCAUGAGGUUAGGGGGGAAGCCUGGCCAUUUUAAGGGGAAGCUUUGUAACACAUAUUUAAAAACUAUAACAAACCAAUCUGGCAUGCAAUCCCAGACAAGCCAAUCUUACCAGAAUCUUUUUUAAAAAGUAAAUCAAGCAUCCUGGUUCCAUCCUUGGCAACUUUCCCCACACCAACAUUACAGUUUCCAACCAGCUGUGCAAGAACGUAGAUGCAGACAAUUUAUAGUAAAAGAUAAACUUGUGAAUUUUCACAGAUGUUGGUCAUAAAUGAAGUACAAACUGAACCAUGGUGAGUUGUCCACUGCUUAUCUAUAGUAGCUUUAAAAAAAAUAAUGUGUUGGUUCAAGUCACAAUCAGAAGCUAGCCCAGAACAACAUAUGUGCUAUUAAAGAAAAUCAACUAGCACAGAUAUGUCUUCAUGCAUGCCUUACUGAUACUUUAUGUUCCUACUUGUAGAGCAAAUGCAAUACAACAUGUUAACUCAAAUGCGCUAUGGGGAAAGCCCCCAUUUUAGAAUGUCAUCAUUCUUCUUGCACUUACUUUGAGGGAAAACCCUCAAGUAUUACAGGUCAGUUCUAAUGGCACAGUUCACUGUCAUGGAUAUUUUCUGAAGAAAGAUGUAAUCGAUUUAUAAUGUUAACUUUAUUUUUAAUAGUUUAAAUGUUUUUAUGUUCACCACAUGAACUGUGAUUGGGAGCAAAAGUAGCAUAACUGUUGUAAAUAAAGAAAAAUAAUAUAUGA